GGUGGUCUGCUGGUCUGCUCACUCGCUCCGGUUCGAUAGCGUUUAACUGGUUUAACCAUUGAUGAGUUUUCGAUGCCUUCAUGAAUACUGUUCAGUGCCUUCCAUGGCAAUGUUUCUUGCACAGUAAUCUCGAGACGAUCAAAGGCGGGACCGGUUUCACGUCAAGUAGCUUUAUGUGUUAUCAAAGCUGCGGCGAGUGCUGCUCUUCGGCUGGUCGCUAAGUUGCGUUCCCUCUUGAGCGUGCGCAAUUAUGUCUGAAAGUUUCUUUGUACUUAAGUGAAAGCAAUUAAGUGCGGACAUGGCUGCGGAUGAAUGUUACAUGUUUUCUCAAAGCGACCUGCCAGCAUCAAGUUUUGGACUUAUUGAGGAAAUUCGGAGGCAGGGAAAGCUAUGUGACAUCACGCUCAAGGUCGACGAUGAAAUCUUCACCGCGCAUAGAAUUGUCCUGGCCUCCACUAUACCCUACUUUUACGCUAUGUUCAUGCACGAUAUGAUGGAAAGCAAACAAAAGGAGAUUACCAUUCGUGGCAUUGAGGCCUCGGCACUGGAAGCUCUCAUCAAUUUUGCGUAUAGCGGCAAGGUGAAUAUCACAGCCACCAACGUGCAGUCUUUGCUCGUUGGUGCUUCAUUUCUCCAGCUGCUCAAAGUAAGGGAGGCGUGUUCGGAGUUCCUUGUUAAAAGGCUUCAUCCCACCAAUGUCUUGGGCAUACGUUCGUUUGCGGACACUCUUGGCUGCCCUGGCCUGGUUGAGGCCACUAACAAAUUCAUUCAGAAGCACUUUUUGGACGUCUGCCAGUCAGAUGAAUUCCUUGCACUCCCCCUGCAAGACGCGAUUGAAAUCAUUGGCUGGGACCAGCUCUAUGUUGUUUCUGAGGAGCAGGUAUUUGAAGCAGUGAUGUCAUGGGUGCUGUAUGACCGUGAAAACCGGGGCGCAAUAUUGCCAGAGGUGCUGGCACAUGUCCGAUUGCCACUGCUGAGCCCCCAGUUUCUGGCAGACCGGGUAGCUGCAGAGCCUUUAGUGCGUGGUUGCCACCGAUGUCGUGACCUACUGGAUGAGGCACGAGACUAUUUGCUCAUGCCUGAGCGUCGGCCAUUGUUGCAGGGUUUUCGCACUCGGCCUCGCUGCUGUCCUGAUGUGGCAGGUCACAUCUAUGCCGUUGGUGGUCUCACUAAAGCAGGUGAUUCUCAGAGUACUGUGGAGGUUUAUGAUCCCAAGCUCGGACACUGGCAGGUUGCCGAAGCAAUGUCAAUGACUAGAAGUCGAGUUGGUGUUGCUGUACUCAGAGGAAAGCUUUACGCCAUUGGUGGCUACAAUGGCUUGGAACGACUUCGUACUGUAGAAGUGUUUAGCCCUGAAAGCCGCAUUUGGAGUCGAGUAGCGUCAAUGAAUUGCAAGCGCAGUGCUGUCGGUGCAGCUGUGCUUCACGACAAGCUGUAUGUGUGCGGUGGUUAUGAUGGAGUAUCCUCCCUAAACACAGUGGAAUGCUACAACCCUGAAAAAAAUGAGUGGACUAUGGUAACGAGCAUGUCCAAGCACCGCAGUGCAGCUGGAGUUGUUGCUUUUGAUGGCCACAUUUAUGCACUAGGUGGCCAUGAUGGACUCUCCAUAUUUGGAUCAGUGGAGCGAUACGACGUGCAGACUGGCCAGUGGAGCCCCAUGCCAUCAAUGCUGACACGACGGUGUCGCCUUGGAGUGGCAGUGCUACGAGGGAAAAUUUACGUCUGUGGGGGCUAUGACGGGGCCACAUUUCUCCAGACUACAGAGGCUUUUGACCCUGUGACCCAGCAGUGGCAGUUUGUAGCACCAAUGAAUGUCACGCGUAGCCGAGUUGCACUUGUUGCCAACUGUGGCCGGCUUUUUGCGGUUGGCGGUUAUGAUGGCGUGUCCAACCUGAGCACAGUUGAAGUCUAUGACCCUGAGGCUGACCAAUGGACGCCCAUAGCUUCAAUGUGUGCCCACGAGGGUGGCGUUGGUGUUGGAGUGUUGCCACCAUUAUAGGAUUGUGCUCAAAAUGCCAAUGUGGCCUGUUAUUUGCACCCUUGUUUAUCAAACAGGCAAUGCUAUUCUAAGCAGUUGCAGAUGGGAUAGAGGAAUGCACAAAAACUUUGUAUUCUACAUCUUUGCAAUCCUU